CCUGUCAAACCCGACACUCCCUGUCAAAAACCUUUUCCCCGCCCCAAAAUGUCCAGUCUCGAGCAUUCCAAGCGCUCCGCGACCAAAUCCGUCGUUUCCUACGAAGGCCCCCCAAUCAUCCGCAAGUCCCUCCGCCCCAGAGACGCCCCCAAACAAAAAUCCGUCCCGCCCCCCAGACAAGUCAUCAUAACCGUCGACGGAAAAGACGUCACCCCCAUGCCGCUCAACCCCUACCUGUUCGAAGGCGGCCGCGAGCGCCAAAUCAGCAUCCUCGACAACCUCACCAAAGACCAAAGCUUCAUGCUCCAACCCCACCACUCCUCCCUCGGGCGCGUGGACUCCCAGAAAUUCCAGACCAACCUCCUUCUCCAAAAACAGGAAGUGGAAUCCGCCGCCUUCACCCACCGCAGCAUCGUCACCUCGGCGUACUUCGGCGACGACAUCGUCAUCCCGGCCUUCGGCAGCGUCGUGUCGUACUCGGACGACACGAGCGUCGACGUGGAGGAGGCCGAAGCCUUCCACGAACCGGCGAUUCCGGACCACAUCAGCUUGGUCCUGAAGGAGACGGACACGUUUUUUCUGCUGGAUUUGCCGAGUUGUAGCGUGUCCAAGGACAGCGAGCAGGCGGAGGCGGUGGAGGAGGACAACAGGGACUACGAGUACUUGACGAAGGGGAAAGGGCGCAACCGGAAGGUCUUGACUGUGGGGGUGCAGACGGUGGAGGUGUUGAGGAAAGCGCGAGAUACCGAAACCACGAAGAAGAGGUCCAGGAACACAGGGACGUAUGUUUCUGGAUGGGAGAUGUACGACACGUUCCAGACCGUGGAGGUGCCUAGUUCGGACGAAGAAAGAAGCGACGUGUCCUUCAGUGAAGAGGAAAAACUGGAUUUCGGCAUGCAGGACCACAAGCUAAACGAAGAAUCGUCGAUGGAGAGCUACAGGAUGUCGACGGAGGACAAGCAGUUGAACAAAAUCGUGAAGAGUCGGGCGUUUCGGGACGCCUUAAUAGUCAUCGAGAGAAUCCUGGGCAACAAUUGUUACAACGAAGAACAGAAAAGGUUCAAAGGUUUGUCCGACCCAGAUGUGUUUCGCGAAGACAUAGAGUACAAGUACAAGUUGCGCCUUUUGUGGACGUACGCCAAUGACAACACGGAGGGUAAAUGCGUGACUGCGGUGGCUUUGAACUCUUUCAACGAGGAUAUAGUGGCAGUGGCGUACGGGAAGUAUUUUUAUAAUGAUCGGCAGUGUGUGGGGAUGGUGAUGAUUUGGAAUAUCAAGAAUCCGCGUCAGCCGGAGCGACAGUACGAUUUUGUGGUCCCGGUGACGUCGAUUGCGUUCUCGAAUGUCAAUCCGAAUUUGCUGGCGAUUGGGUUUUAUAAUGGGCAUCUCAAAAUCCUCGAUAUUUCCAGCCCGGAGAUUAACGUUAUUCGCGAAGAUACUACUUUUUUUGAACCCGUAUGGAAUAUUCUGUGGUUCAAACAGGGCGACGAGGAAGAUCUGAUGGCCAGUUUCGGCGAUGGGCGGGUGUGUAGGUACCAAAUCACCAGCGCCGAGUACCUCAAGCGCACCCAAAUCAUGGUAACCGCCGCCGCAGAAGGCAAGCUCAAAGGCAUCAAAUACCUAAAAAAAUGCGAAGGCAAAGACAUCUCCAUCACCGGCUUCGACCAAGCCAGAUGCUUAGCCCUCCACCCCACCGACCCCUCCACCUACUUCGUGGGCACCGACGAAGGAGUGGUCCACCGCUGCUCCACCAACUACUACAACGAGCACAUGGACCUGUUCAAAGCCCACGACGGCGCCAUCCACACCAUCCGCUUCUCGCCCUUCGCCAACAAGCUCUACCUCACCUGCGGAGACGACUUCAGAGCGCGGCUCUGGGUCGAUGGCAUUUCAGAGCCUCUGGUGACGACCACACGGUCGUUAUUGCCGGCCCUGGACGUGGACUGGAGCCCCGAGAACCCCACGGUGAUUGCCACCAUCCGUGGGACCGACAUUCUGGUCUGGGAUUUACAAAGGAAAAUGUACCAGUCGCAGUCGGUGCAGAAGUCUCCAAAGGGGGUGUUUAAUACCGUGUGCAGGUUUACGACAAAUGGGCGAUGUUUGAUGGUGGGGGACAUGGGCGGGAACGUUUAUGUUUAUUCGUUGGAGGAUAUGCCCAUACGGCCGUUUUUCCCGGAGAAUCUGAUUUUGCAGUCUUUAAAGAGACUGCUGGUUACUAGGCCCGAUUUGUUGAAGAAACUGCGGAAGUUGGGGUCGCUGAAUUUCGACAAACAGAACUUUUCCAAGUACUUUAAUUAAUGGUAAUUUAAGGUUAGUUAGCUGAUUUUAAUAAAAUUGAAUAGACAUGUUA